GCUCAGAGAGAAAGCUGGCAAGGCAAAAUGAAGCCUUGGGCUGGUUUCCACCUGAUUUUCCUGGUUGCUAGUUCGGUGGAGGGUGACGUCUCAAAUCGUGGCACUGCAGGAUCCCAGGACACUGAAGCCACUUGCUGUGCACAGCUGGAGGGCUUAACACAAUGCGGAAGGGAAAAGAUUAUUCUCCAAGGUCAGGCUGGGGUACCUGGAAUUCCAGGUGUGCCAGGAACAAAUGGAUCCCCAGGGGUAAAGGGUGACCAAGGUCCUCAGGGGCCCCCAGGUGAAAGAGGAUCUGCUGGGAUAACUGGAAAAGCUGGACCGAAAGGAGACAAAGGAGACAAAGGAGAUGCCUGCAGAUUAGACAAUUGUCCACCGAAAGAGAUUGAAGCCAGAAACUGCAAGGACCUCCUGGAACGUGGGGAGACCCUGACUGGCUGGUAUACAAUCUACCCAACCAAGGGAAACCCAAUGCUGGUUUUCUGUGACAUGGGGACUGAUGGAGGAGGCUGGUUGCAAUUCCAGAGGCGGCAGGAUGGGUCUGUGGAUUUCUACCGUGACUGGGAAUCAUACAAGAAAGGAUUUGGAAAUCAAGGAUCAGAAUUCUGGCUAGGCAAUGAUAAGAUCCAUCUUCUCACCAGUUCUGGAACACAUCAGUUGAGGAUUGACCUAGAAGAUUUCAAUGGUUCCAGAAUCUUUGCAAUAUAUUCCAGUUUCAGAAUUGCAAAUGAAAGUGAAAAUUACAAAUUAAUAUUGGGUUCUUAUUUGGAUGGCAACAUGGGUGAUUCUCUCUCAGGACACAAUGACCAUCCGUUCUCUACCAAAGACAGAGACAAUGAUAUCUAUGAUGGAAAUUGUGCUGAAAGUUUCAAAGGAGCCUGGUGGUACACUAAAUGCCACGCUUCCAACCUCAAUGGCCUGUAUCACAAAGGAGAACAUACCUCUUACGCUGAUGGCAUCAACUGGUAUUCUGGGAAGGGGCACCAUUAUUCCUACAAGUAUGCAGAUAUGAAAAUUAGACCAUAAUAAAUGAAACCACAGUUUGAUAGAUUUUUCAAUAUGACUCAAAAUGAUUGUUCUUCUCUAUUCUCUUCUGGAAAAAAAAUUAAAUGCAGCAAUUCGUUAAAACUGCUCCUUUGUGUCACUGUUCUCUCUUGUAGUGAUCCCUUUUUUAUGUACAUGGGGAUUGGGUUCAAACCAUUUUCCUUCUUCAUUUUCCAAUUUUUUGGAAGCAGAAAUAGAACAUCUGUGGCAAAAGAAAACAAAGGUAGUACCAAUAGGAAUUAGUGCUUUGGUACCAGAGAUGGAUUGCUCCCAGGUUGCCCUGGUUUGGUAGUGGUGAUUCAGCCUGAG